GAUAUAUGUGUUUUAAUGUGGAUUUCAGAAUCAGUUUUACAAUUUAUUGUUGAAAAACUAAAGAUUUAAAAUGAGGAAAAUCAUCUUUUUAUGUUUUCAAGCAAUCAUGCAGAUUCACUGUGAUUCAGUGUCUCCUAAAGAAAAGUCUGUGCUGCCCCCUACAUCUAGUUCAAGUUUUCCUUCAAUAUCUAGUAAUCUAAACUCAGACGGAUUUUCACUACCAACUAGACAGGCCGACCUGGAGCAAACAGACCUGGCUCGAAACUCUCCGAUGGGGUUUUCUUUACCCACUGUAUCCUUCAACCUGGAGGAAUCCACGUUAUCCAGGAACUCUCCUAUGCAGUUCUCUAUCCCUCAGUUAGAAUUAAAGCUUGGAGAAACUGAAUUAUCCCGAAGUUCACCAAUGCUAUUUUCAAUAAUCACUCCAGAGCAAGAUCUAAAACCUUCUUUUCUUGAUAAAGUAGAAGCUGACAAUAAAAUUUAUGAAGAGAAUUUAGACCAAGAAGAAGUGGGUCCACUUUAUGCUUCUGAACCUGUAAAUGUAGUCUAUGAAGAGAAUGUAGAAGAGGAAGUUGUUCUUGAUGCUACUGAACCUGAACCUGUGUUGACUCAGCAAGAUAAAGCUGAAGACUAUAAACCGAACCAGCCUGUAAAAGUUGAUGAAAGUGGUAAACUACCCCUGGAACCAACGAGAUUCAAUCAAGGACAAACUAGAUUUCGAAGACAAGCACCUUCCUCCUCCUCCUCCUUCCCAUCAUUCUAUUCCUCCUUCCAAUCCUCAUCCCCUUUCAGCAUUUCCUUUCCAACUCCUGAUCUUACUCCAGGUAAAAUCUACAACUUUGCUGGUUUUGGUCCCUCCCACACAGCCCAGGGGUUCCAACCCGGUUCCUUAGAUGACCAGCUGGUUGCAGGCAGACCGGUUAACCGACCAGUCAGACAAUUUAAACCAGCUGAUAACAGACCUCCCCCCAGGUAUCCUCCCUUGGAUCCGUUCCAUACAGUUGAAUAUAUUCCUCUCCCUGGGCCCUCUAAUCCUGCCUUUGCUCUACCCCUAGAUACAGAUGAUCCUCACAUGCAUCCAGGAUACAGAAAUGUCAAGUUUCGUCGACCUAUUCGUCAAGUUGACCUGCCAGCUUUCCUAGCCAGGCUUAGACCUGCAUCUUUUAAUAACUUCCGGUUUCAACCCUCACCAGAAUUCCGGGGCAGCAAGGUUCAACAGUUCUUGAAAAACAGACAACAAAAACUUCAUUAUAAAAUUGAAGACUUAAGAGUUUAGAUCCAGUGGCAAGCUUAAUUGAAAGAAAUUUUCCAACAUCUUAAAUAUUUAUUUAUUUAUUUAUUGAAAUAUAUAUAUAUAUGACUGCAGUACAGUAAAUGGAUAAAACAAUGUUACACAAAAGUAUACAAAAUUAAACCAAAGUAUUUUAAA